CAGGGGCGGACUGACAACUCAUGGGGCCCUCGGGCAAUAGGGAUCAUGGGGCCCCUGUGUCCUUACCCAAACUCAAAAAAACCUAUGAAAAAAGUACCAGGGGCAUCUCAUGGGGCCCCCUACUGACCCCGGGCCCUCGGGGAGUGCUCGAGUUUCCAAAUGCUCAGUCCGCCCCUGAUCUACACAUUAAAUAGCAUGCAUACACUUAACAUAAAACAUACACUCACCAGCCUCGUUAUUAGGUAAACCUAACUAUUAAAGCCUAACUCCUGGCAAAAUAUUUUAUUUUAGUUUUGUA